AUGCAUGAGCUUUUGCUCUAUGGCCAGGUGCCUCUCGAGCGCCAUGAUCAAGUUCUCAAGAUUCUCGCUGGCAUUGCUGCAAUGCAACCGCGAUCUCUNUUUGAGAGACAUCUGAUAUACAGACCUAUGCGCUCAAAUCAGGAUAACAAACCCAACAANAAGUUUCCAAACAAGCCCGUCAAACCUCAAACCCUCACUUUUCAGCACCUUGUCCGUCAGCUUGACCCAUCCGAGUUCGGCACCGAUUCUCCUGUUCUACUUGAGUCUGAGAACAACGAGAAUACUAGUCAGCCAGCGCAUACUUGGAAAAUCAAGACACAAGAAACACCAGAACCAGAGACAAAGACUCUUGUUUUACGGCAGGCAACAGACAUCGCCAUUGACAAGGAACAACUACGCAAGUUUCUCGAUCCUGCCAACAACGGGUUUGUGAGUGAAUUCUUCAUUGAAGGUCACAGAUUUGUGCACAAGAACAUGGUGCUUACAUUGUUCCGUCUCUUGAGGGCAAGCGAUGUACCUCAACAGUCACCCUUGACUGCACUUCCUACUCUGGACUCUCUCAAGCCAUUGGACGUUAGCGGUGCAUUUGUUCUCGAGGCCUGUGUUCGCAUCGAUGAUCGUACUAAACCGAACUUGGUUUCGACUGCCUCAGAUGAAUUGGCUGCGUUCAGAGAUUUGAUGAAGGGGUCUGUGGAUAUGAAGGUGCCUGAGAGAUUGUCACUCGAUACUCGCGUCAGAUGA